GCUGAUUUCUAUCCUUGAACAGGCUUCUUAGGCCGGCAUUGUUUCACAGCCAGUACGUAGAAGAGGAAGCAGCCAUCGUCCGCCAAGUCCACUCACCCUUCUCUCCCCCUCUCCUUGCUCUGAAGACGUUACUUGCAACCAGCCUACGAGCUCUGUAUGCAGAACAAUCAACCUUCAGUACCCAAAGUAUUACUUGCUAUGCGAAGCGGAAAUUUGUAGCGAGGGGGCCAGUUUCAAGUACCUUAUUCUCCUGCGCAAGUCACAUGAGCCAAAACAGCACUGACGACGGGGCUGCCGCAGAGCAGCUGAGGGAGAGAGAUCACAGGGAAGAUGGUGGCUGCCAACAAAGAGAUGGCCGUGUACUGCUUUGACACACUCGUGGCCUACUUCAAUGGUGCAGAGGCUCCACCCCCUGAGUUUGAGGGAGGGCGAUUCCCUCUGUUCGUGACCUGGAAGAAGCACUCAAACGGCCGCGAGCCUCGGCUGAGGGGUUGCAUUGGCACGUUGGAGGGGCGGUGCAUCCUGACGGGUUUCAAGGACUACUCUCUUACCAGUGCCCUUCGUGACGAGCGCUUCCCCCCCAUUCAAGCCAAGGAGCUUCCUUAUCUGCAAGUGACGGUUUCGCUGUUGACGGACUACGAAGUUGUCGACCAUUACUUAGACUGGGAGGUAGGCAAGCACGGCAUGAUCUUGGAGUUCAUUGACCCGCACAAUUACAGGCGCAGCGCCACCUACCUGCCGGAGGUGGCACAACACGAAGGAUGGACUCAGAUUGAGGCCGUCGAGUCGCUUGUGCGCAAAGCUGGCUACCUGGGACCGAUCACCGACGUACUGAAAAGCAAGUUCAGAGUGACUCGGUACCAAAGCUCCUUGUACACUUUGACCUAUGCUGGAUAUGUUGAUUACAUCAAAAGAACGAGAAGCGUUGCGAGUGUCAGCACCAGCCGAUCAUCCGCUCGCGUAGCGGCUAGGAGGUUUGCCUAGGUUAAGAAAAGGUCCCGGGGGGCUCGCAUUGCGGCACUCUAGACGGCAGCGCAGGGCAGGUGUAGGUCAAAAUGGAAAGAUGGGUUCUGUGCCCGGUUGUGCGAUUCGUCCAACAUUGGACGAUAGAAUGGACAGUACAGGGAGAAACGUGUACAUACAUACCAGGUCUACGUUCUGGGAUUGUAGUUUAUAUAAGAAGUUGCGAGUACGAUCGCUAAGUUCUCAUGCUGGCGAAAGUCAAAGCUACUGUAGUCUGUGCAAGUGAAGAAUCGGCCAGAAGCUGAAAUCCAGGCUACGUCAUGUGCUUCUUGCAGGACUGCAAGAGAUAUGAUAAACAGAGAUUGUCAAGGUUCAUCGUUAAUGUUGCAAUCGAAAUCAUCUUCUAACGCGAAGUAGAC